GCUGUAAUUGGAUUAAACCAAACGGAAAAUGCUGUAAUUAGGUGAAAAGGAAGCGUUCGACCCACACAACACACACGGAAACAGCCAGCGCGUAGCCAGAAGAGAACUCUCCAGCAGCCAAGUGUCCAGCCGGAUGGCCAAUCGCAAUAUGCGAAGCAAUACAACCAAAGUCGAAGCCCUGAUCGAGAGCUGUCGCAGCGAGGGCAAAUGGCAGCGCGUCAUCGAUCUGACGGACGAGCUGAAAACGGGCUCGCCCCAGAAUGAAUGCCUGGCCAACUUUUUGGUGGGCGAGGCUCGCCUGGAGAGUUAUCUUGAGGAGAAUGCCUUGGUUGCUGAAUCGAACUUUGGACGCGCCAAGGCGGGCUUGUCCGAGGCGCGACGCUACCUGAAUCUGGCCCUUGGGGAGUGUGGCCAAAAGGCGGGCAUUGCUUUGGAUGCUUACCUGCUGCUGGCCAAGCUCUGCUUCGCCUGCGGCGAGUACGAGCCCAGUCUGGAUAACUUUAUCAAAGCGGAGCUCAACACGCUGGCCGAAAAGGAGCUGACAUUACGCAGCUUGAAGAUCCUGGCCGAGUCGUAUGCCAUCAAGGGCCUGUGCCUGGAGCACCAGACAUCCAAGCCCUCGUCCAAGUUCAAGAAGGCCGAAAAGGACACGGAGAUGAUAAGUUGCUUUGAGCGCGCCUCAGACUUGGGUCUGCUGUAUCUGCAGGAGUACGACAUCGUGAGUGGCAGCAGCAGCUCCAACAACUCCACGGCCGGCUCUACGCUGAAUGUGAACGCCAGUGUGCAGCAGUCGAACAGCAGCUUUGCCAUCAGCAGCACCAUCCCCGCCAGCGGGGCGGCCACCCACGAGGUGAACCGUCGCAUGGGCGCCAUCCUGGAGACGGCCCUGCAGCGGGCCCCCAUUGUACUGAUCAAGACGGGCAAACUGCAGGAGGCCGUGGAGCGGUACCGCAUUAUGCUCAAUGCCAUCGAGACGAGGGCCACCCAAUCGCUGCGUCUGACGCUGACCCGCCAGCUGGCCGAGGUCCUGCUCCGCGGUGUAUCCGGCACUAUUUACGCGCCUCCGUUUACCAGCAAAUCGGGAGGGAGUACGCUGCGUGGCGGCGCCUCCAAGAAGCUGUGGAAGCCGCGCAAGUACCAGGCCCGGCAGCAGUUCUCGCCACGCAACCAGCAGGAGGAGGUGAUCCUCCUACUGCUCAUAGCCGAGGCACUGGCCGUGCGCGACACGGUGCUGUCGCAGAGCCCCGAAUUCAAGCAGGCCCGCCAGCACGCCAUGGGCAAUGUGACGGCCGUCUACGACCUGCUAACCCUGGCCACGGUCCGCUGGGGCCUCGUCCAGCUGCUCAACGAGUCCUUCGAGAAGGCGCUUAAGUUCAGCUUCGGCGAGCAGCACGUGUGGCGGCAGUACGGCCUCAGUCUGAUGGCCGCCGAGAAGCAUUCGCAUGCGUUGCGGGUGCUGCAGGAGUCGAUUAAGCUGACGCCCAGCGAUCCGCUGCCCUGUCUUCUAGCCUCGCGGCUGUGCUACGAGAGUCUCGAGACGGUCAAACAGGGACUGGACUACGCCCAGCAGGCCCUCAAGCGGGAGAUCAAGGGUCUGCGUCCUUCGCGGAGCCAGCUGUUUGUCGGCAUUGGACAGCAGCAGCUGGCGAUCCAAUCGAACCUGCGGAGCGACCGCGAUGCCUGCCACAAACUGGCGCUGGAGGCCCUCGAGCGGGCCGUCCAGAACGAUGGUCACGAUCACCUGGCGGAGUACUAUCUGUCGCUGCAGUAUGCGCUGCUCAACCAGCUGCCCGAGGCUUUGGCCCACAUCCGCUUCGCUCUGGCCCUGCGCAUGGAGCAUGCUCCCUGUCUGCACCUGUUUGCCCUCCUGCUGACGGCAUCGCGACGUCCCCGGGAAGCCUUGGGCGUGGUGGAGGAUGCCCUGCACGAGUUCCCCGACAAUCUGCAGCUGCUGCAUGUGAAGGCCCAUCUGCAGCUGCAUCUGGAGGACGCAGAGACGGCGCUGGCCACCGUCCAGCACAUGCUGGCCGUCUGGCGGGAGGUGUACGAGGCGCAGCUGACCGGCGAGGAGGAGAAGCACUCGGACACCAAGAGCGGCGUGCAUCUAGUGCACUCCUCCCAGAUGUCCGACAAGGACUCGAAUUCGGUGUAUGCUGCUUCUCUGGCUGCAGUUUCGCGCGUGGAGCACGCCUUGAGCGAGGCGGCCAGCUCUCUGAGCUCUUUCACGCAGCGCCCCGGACCGCGGAGACCCUGGAUGCUGCAGAUUGAGAUUUGGCUGCUGCUGGCGGACGUGUAUUUGCGCAUUGAACAGCCCAACGAGGCCCUCAACUGCAUCCACGAGGCCUCGCAGAUCUAUCCCCUCUCGCAUCAGAUUAUGUAUAUGCGCGGUCAGGUACAUGUGUAUCUGGAGCAGUGGCGGGAUGCCAAGCAAUGCUACCUCAAUGCCGUGGCCGCCAAUCCCAAUCACACGGAGGCACUGCGUGCCUUGGGCGAGACCCAUUUGAUCUUGGGCGAGCCCCGGCUGGCCGAGAAGAUGCUCAAGGAUGCGGCCAAACUGGAUCCGAAUUGUCCCAGAAUUUGGUUUGCUCUGGGCAAGGUUAUGGAAUCCCUGGGGGAUUUCUAUGCGGCGGCGGAUUGCUUUGCCACUUCGCUGCAGUUGGAGCCAUCGUGCCCGGUGCUGCCAUUUACCUCGAUUCCCCUGGUCUUUGAGUAGAGAGCGAUCCUCGGAUCCUUUCGUUUCGUUACGUUUCGUUUUGUAGAAGAUUCAACCUCGACUAACCUCAAAA